AAACGAAACACGCUCAAGAAAAAGAUGGUGCCAUUGCCUGGAUUGUCCAGGGCCUUGUACUACUCUUGUGGCAGGCGCCGGCGGCGAGCUGUGGGCCUCAGAAACCCAGCUCUCCACUUCGGUCCACCCACAUCUCCUCGGGCUCGAGACACGCCAUCGGCCCAGUUCAGAGCCAGCCAUGGAGCAACCGAGCCCUCCGGCCGCCGGCGUCACGGCCACCGUCGACCUCCUCCAGGCGGCCGCCGACCUCGGGGUGCACCUCCUGCCCUGCGGCAUCAGGCAGAACGGCGGCGACCCCGUCUCCGACUACUUCAAGCCCAGGAGCACAGGUGCGGAGGUGGAGGGGGUGAGGGUGGAGGAGGUCUUCUUCCGCGGGAGGAAGCUGCAAGGCGCAACCCUCGCGCUCCCGGAUGGCUACCGAGGAAGGCUCUUAUGCAGAAACUACGCAUGCUGGGCUUCAGCUCCCGCGUUGGCUGUGUCCAUUCCAAGCACCCCAGCAUUUCAAGAACCUGUUGGUGGUUCCCUUCUUCAUGAAGAUUAUUGUUUUGAUGUCUUGGAGUAUUUGGACAGUGCGAAACGACUGGAUUUUCAAUGAUGUGGGUCCAACAGUGACAGCCUGCAGAGCAAAAUAUAUCCUUGAAUUCGCAAUGGUUAUCCAUAGGGCGAACUUAAGUUAUUUUCCUCAAAUAAAAGAAUGGCUAGAUUCCAUCUCUUAACGUUUUGUUUUCGGUUUCCUUUUUGUAUUAUUUUUUUCCUUUCUUAGAUCCAUGUACUUUAUUUACUAUCUUUUAAUAUAUAAAAACCAGUAGGGGCUUGUAUCUCCAUCUUCCCUCUCGUCAGCAGCAACUGGCGGGUGAUUGGAUUUCUGGGACAACGGCUGUAGAGCCGUGCCUUGCCUCGGUCAUUUGUGCUUUUCAGCAAGUCACUUUGUUAUGUAUUGGAGAAGAAGAGUGGAGGAAAGGAUCCACGGGACUUAGAUGGGGAGGUCAGCAAUUUUGUUUCCCGUUCAGAAUUCCAGAACAUAACCUACUGGAAUCAUGAUACCACGCCAUUGUUGCUAACACCAUGCACAAGGCAGUGACUGCUGAAGAGCUGGCUAACACGUCUGCCAUGCAGAAUCAGGACAACCGACCAAGAUUCAUUGCAUGGUGAUUAUGCAUUUUCCAUACGAUGUGACUUCAGCAUCGGGGAAAAAAUUCUGCAAUUCAAUCUCUAAUUUCGAGUUGGCGAAGCACCCUACCAAGCUAUCUAUCAAUCUAACAAGCAGCCUACAAUGUCGACCCAUCCAAUUAAGCAAUGAGCACUGAGAUGUCUCAAUUACAGUAGAGAAUAGCUGUGACGACGAGGUGCUCUUCUACAGAAAGACCAGUUCUCGGUGGCAUUGAAAACGGUUCAGUAAUUUAGCUUGGGGCUUAACUAUAGUGUUCGUUCCUGUAACACAUACCAUUCCUGUAUUAAUAACCUGUAGUGUUGUGACAGUGCCAGUGUUGCCUCUGUAUUUGUCUCGCCUUAAUAUGAUCGCGGAAAUGUAUUUCGAAGAAUCA